AUGACUCUAAUCCUCGUCUGUCGUAUGCUCAUCACAGAGUUUGCCUAUUUUACUGUUCCUCAUUCCAAGACUCCUACGGAUGCAUCACCACCACUAGAAACUCUCGAUGGAGGAAGUUCGACAACUUCGCCAGAAAUUUCAUCCAGUGGAUCAACUGAAGCUUCGUCAGAACAAGCAAUGUCAGGCUCAGUAACUACUCCAUCAGAACAUACGACCAAUGAUACUCCCAUGGAUGCAUCACCACCCCAAGAAACUCCUGGUGGAGGAAGUUCGACAACUUCACCAGAACUUUCAUCCAGUGGAUCAACUGAAGCUUCGUCAGAACAAGCAAUGACCCCAAUGACAGGCUCUUCAACUACUCCAUCAGAACCUGCGACCAAUGGUACAACGAUAUAUUCGCAGGAACAUACGUCAGGUUAUUCGACAACUCCAUCAGAACAUACGACAGACGAUGCGGCUACAACUUUGUCACACCCUACAACAAUUCCUUCUACGGAGGCUUUACCUGAAACCACAACUAAAGGAAAUUUAGAUGUGAAUUCGUGUAAGAUGCUCUAUUCAAUGGGGCAUAAAACAAGUGGUGUCUAUGCCAUCUCUCCUAGCGGUGUGGGACUGACCGAUGUCUACUGCGAUAUGACCACCGAUAGCGGAGGGUGGACAAUCUUCCAGAAACGUUAUGACGGAUCUGUGGAUUUUUACCUCAAUUAUACCGAGUAUGUUCGUGGAUUUGGUGACGUCGAGGGCGAAUACUGGUUGGGAUUAGACCAACUCUACUUACUUGCUAAAGAUGGAGUCGAACUCAGAAUCGAUAUGGUUGAUUACGAUAACAAUCCAUUCUACGCUCAUUAUGGCAGUUUUAGCAUUGGAAGUACCAACACCAACUACCGAAUCGGGUUUUCAUCAUAUACCGGUACUGCAGGAGAAGGGCUAGAUGUAGCCAACGGACAGGACUUCUCAGCCUAUGACAAUGACCAUGAUGACAACUGGGCUAAUUGUGCUUCUCUGUGCAGAGGGGGGUGGUGGUAUAACGACUGUUAUACAGCCAACUUGAAUGGGGUACACGGACUCCAAACUGGUUUGACAGGGAUUAUUUGGGAUUGGCCUGACACAAAAUACAUGAGAGCUACAGAAAUGAAGUUAAGAUGA